AUGAACCUGAGCCAAACAAAAGUGUAUGGAUUAGACAAGUUUCAGAGCAUUAUAGACGAUCCGCAUAGAGAAAGGGGAAUCAUCACAGUAUCGAACCACGAGUCUGUACUGGACGACCCGUUUCUAUGGGGUGUAUUACCUCUCAAGACAUUAUUCUCAAUUCACAAAAUGCGAUGGGUAUUAGGAGCUGCAGACAUCUGUUAUACGUCCAUCUUCAAAUCUUAUUUCUUUGUGUUUGGACAAACGAUACCCACCAUUCGAGGUGCAGGCAUAUAUCAACCAGGUGUCGAUUUUGCGAUUGAUCUCGUCAACAAAGGAGGUUGGAUCCAUAUUUAUCCAGAGGCAAAGGUAGUACAAGUGAACAAGAUGAUUCGAUUCAAAUGGGGUGUCGGUCGUAUCCUGAUGGACAUGGAUCAUGAGCCUCUUGUCAUCCCCAUCUGGCACAAGGGAAUGCAUUUGGCAAAACCACUGUAUGGUACCAAGCUUGUUCAUUUGAAUAAGCCCAUCACACUGGUGUUUGGUGAUCCAGUAGAGUAUGCUGAUAUUCUUGCCGAGUGGAGACAAGGGAAGUUGACAAGAGAAGAGACUCGUGUGAGGCUGACAGAAAGAUUGUAUAAAGCUAUAGAAGACUUGCAAAUUCAAUAUGACGAUGUAAAUUAG